CGAUGACAGCCGGGGCUGGGCGGCCGUGAAGGGCGGCUCGGGCGGGGGCCGCUUCGUAUUUGUCCCCCAGCUCUGCCCCGGGGGCCCGGCCCCCCGCGCCCGCAGCCCCCUUGAUGAGUCCGGGCGGCGGCAGCGGGCCCAUGAAAGACUGCGAGUACAGCCAGAUCAGCACGCACAGCUCCUCCUCGCCCAUGGAGUCGCCCCACAAAAAGAAGCAGGCGGGUCCCCAGAGGAAAUGGGAGGUGUUCCCCGGCAGGAACAAAUUCUUUUGCAACGGGCGUAUCAUGAUGGCCCGGCAGACCGGUGUUUUCUACCUGACUGUGGUCCUCAUCUUGGUCACCAGCGGACUCUUUUUUGCCUUUGAUUGUCCAUACUUGUCAGAGAAGAUUACACCUGCUAUUCCUGCAAUAGGUGGAAUUCUUUUCUUUUUCGUGAUGGGCACCCUGCUGCGUACUAGUUUCAGUGAUCCGGGCGUCCUCCCACGGGCAACACCAGAUGAAGCAGCAGACCUGGAAAGGCAAAUAGGUAACACGGAAGAUAUUGCAAAUGGUUCCAGUUCAGGAGGAUACCGUCCACCUCCCAGAACAAAAGAAGUAAUCAUCAAUGGACAGACAGUGAAACUAAAAUACUGUUUCACUUGCAAGAUUUUCCGCCCACCUCGUGCCUCACAUUGCAGCCUUUGUGAUAACUGCGUAGAACGGUUUGAUCACCACUGUCCCUGGGUAGGCAACUGUGUGGGGAAAAGAAACUACAGAUUUUUUUAUAUGUUUAUUUUAUCUCUGUCCUUUCUGACAGUCUUUAUAUUUGCAUUCGUUAUCACCCACGUCAUCCUUCGAUCACAACAAACAGGGUUCUUAAAUGCCCUCAAGGACAGUCCUGCAAGUGUGCUGGAAGCUGUGGUAUGCUUUUUCUCUGUUUGGUCCAUUGUUGGUCUCUCAGGUUUUCACACAUAUUUGAUCAGCUCCAAUCAAACAACAAAUGAAGAUAUUAAAGGAUCUUGGUCAAAUAAAAGAGGUAAAGAGAACUACAACCCAUACAGUUAUGGUAACAUCUUUACUAACUGUUGUGCUGCACUAUGUGGGCCCCUCUCACCAAGCUUAAUUGACAGAAGAGGAUUUUUACAGCCAGAUACACCACAGUUAGCAGCACCAUCAAAUGGCAUUACAAUGUAUGGGGCAACACAGUCUCAAAGCAACAUGUGUGACCAAGAUCAGUGCAUUCAGAGCACUAAAUUCGUUUUGCAGGCUGCUGCCACACCAUUACUACAGAGUGAGCCCAGCAUAACUAGCGAAGAACUACCUUUACCAGGGAAGACCACUAUCAGUGCUCCUUGUGCCACGCUGACCCUAGGGCAGCCGACACCACCAUCCUCCAUGCCAAAUCUCACCUCAGAAACAGGUUUGACAGACAUGCUACCAUUAAAGGAGGAGCACGAAGGUCAUCAGUUCCUUACUCCUGAGGAAGCACCAUCACCUCCUGGUAUGUUGCCAACAGGAAGCCCUAUUACACACAGCCAUACCAUGCAUGUCCUGAGCCUAGCCAGCCAAGACUCAUUGCAUGAAGACUCAGUACGUGGUCUUGUGAAGCUUAGUUCAGUUUGACCAACUUUUACUGACUACAGACACCACAAAAUGGUGCAAUGUUCAAAUGUUUACUCAAGAUGAAAGACUUUACUACCACUGUAAGACUUUUUAACAUGCCUAUAAUAAUGCAAACUUUCCCAUGUAAUGGAGUCUACUAAAUGGACAAGUUAUUUUUUCAAUGGAGCUAUGGUUUUGGGGUUUUAUUUUGACCAGGGUGUUAAUGAGUAUGUUUUGAUGGCAACUGCUUUUAUUUUUAAAUAAAAAACAGAAAUGGUCAGUAAUCCUACUUACUGGAAAUUGGGGUCCUGCAACUUGGAAUUCUGCCUGUAUGACAGUCUUUGUUACAGUAUAAACGAGAAAGAUUGGAUGUAAGUAUCAUGCUCUGUGUUUUAUGCUCUUGUAAUACACACUUGUUAAGGCUUACCACUCCUGUGGCCAGAAUGAUCUGCACUUACAUGUUAUGCUAUUAAUAUUUGAAAUAGAAAAUUACCAUUCCAUUUGUUAAUACAAAAAAAGACUGCAGAUGUGGAUUUGCAUGCCACGCUACAGUAUGUGUUACAGUGGUGUUGGUAUUAAAAGAAAGUGCUGCUUUUUUAUUUGUGAGGUUCGAGUGCUGUUUCAUUUAAAGACAGUGCAACGAACAAAACUAAUGGACAAUAUUAUUUUUUCAGUUUAUUAAACUUUAUUAUAAAUUAAUCAGUGGUGCCUGGAAUAUGGAGGGCUACUGAUUUUAACAUGUUACAUAUCAUUUAACCUUCUGUUUUAAGUGUUUAGAAUAAGGUAUUGUGUUGUGCCAUACCACGGAUUUUUCCAUUCCCUAAUGUGAUAAGAUUACCUGUGGACAUCCAAUAAAAGGACAACUCUAUUUCUUUGGAUACGUGUACAGUUAUCCUUACACAGUUUCCUAGGGGGGGAAAAUAUGUUUGGAUGACUUAGUCUGCAAAGAGGUUGUUUACAUUUGGAUGCAUUUGCAUAAUAAUACAGGAGCUAUAGAAUCUGUUUAUGAUUUGUUUUAUUUUAAUAUUAUGCAUGGUUUUGCAUUAGCUGUACAUGUGUGACACAGUAUUUCUACAGUAAAUCUGUGUUCAGAAACAACAUUGCUAAAAUCUACCUUGCGCCUAUAAUCCUGCUCUCUUAUCCAGUUAAGUGCAGGAUAAUAGGCUUGGGGGAGGAAAAAAAGAAAUGUCUGUGAGGUGACACAAAAUGAGAAGUAAUGUAUGGUAGCUGCCAAUUGGUCCUACUUCUUCAUCCAUUAUUUAAAACAGAAAGAUUUAUACUACGAAACUGCUGUACUGUAAUUUGAGUUUAGGAGAACUUAAAUUUUAUGGUUUAAAGAAGGUCUUCCCCUCAUGAAUAAUUGAAGAGAGCCGUGUGCCUAAGCUAAGAAAACCAAACUGUUGUAAUUUACUGUAUUUAACAUGCUUUUCAGAUUUUGGAUUUUUAUUUUCUCAGAACAAAAUAAGCAGUGUUUUCCAGGAAAUUCAAGAUAUUAUUUAAUUGCAAAUUGCUAUUAUGUAAAAUGAUUCAUUGACAGAUCAAGCAUGACUCAGUUGCAUCAGUGACAUGGUUGUUUACUUACAUCAGGUUAAAAACUGUCAUUCUUUAAGAAAAACAAAUAAGCCUUUUGUAAAACUGUUAUCUAGGCUAUUUUAAAUGUCAAGGGUCUUCUAACUUUGGUGAAAUUGUUGUAACUAUUUUUUUCUAAAUGGUUAUAUUUCAUCUAGGUGUACAUAUAUACAUAUAUAUAUAAGACAUCAAAAGUUGCCUUCUAAAACCGUCAACUGGUUCCUGGACUCCACAGAAAGUUAUUGCCUUCCCACUAUUCUCACUGAGGAUGAG